AUGACGGGACACAGAGACAAACAUUGGGAAUCGGACAAUCGAUUCGAAAAUAAGAUAACGAGAUUUAUUGAUGAUUUCCUAGGUGAUGCUAGAACAAAAUUUCGUGGUACAGGUGGUGGGGAUAGCAAAUCCGUUUGGGUCCCAGCUAUUGAUGUAACAGAAAAUGAGAGAGAAUAUACGAUCAUCGCCGACGUUCCGGGGGUCAAAAAAGAGGAUGUCGAUAUCGAAUUUCAUGAUUCAGUAUUGGUUAUCUCUGGAGAUCACAAACGCGAAACAAUUGCCCUUGAUCCACAAGAGAUAAAUGUUAAACAACAAAAAACCGAUCCCCAUUACCAAUCAAAUCAACAACAAGUUGAUCAAUACCAGCAAACUCAACAAUCACAUCAGCAAAGGCCAACUGAAAAUCAAUCAAAUCAACAACCACUCCAACAACAGUCAAACGAAUAUCCAAAUCAAUCAAAUCAACAGCCAACCGAUUAUCAAUCAAAUCAACAAGCGACCGAUUUUCCAACGAACCAACAUAAUCAAAACGGUCAACAAGGCGAAUAUCAAGAAUUCCAUCGAUUAAAAAAAUCUCAACCACCACCGCAAGCUAAUGGAAAUCAAGCGACCUUCGAAAAACUUCAUAUACAAGAACGUCGUUAUGGUCAAUUUUCCAGAUCAAUUCAAUUACCAACCAAUAUUAGAAAUGAUGUAGAUUUCAACGCGAAUUUAGAAGACGGUGUUUUGAAAAUUAGGGUACCGAAAAAUAGUGAAAGACCAAAGAGAAAGAUUAGAAUUUCUUAA